AUGGAUUGGAUUGCAGCAAAAGCCUACCAUUCCGGUUAUAGCUUAAUCGAUCGAUUGAAUUCCAUUAUUUUCUUUCGUAACUAUUUUCAAACAUGGUGUAUUGGAGUCAUGGUGUCUUUCAUACUGCCAAUCUUAUUUAUACUCGCCCCAUCAUCAGUUCAAAGCAAACGCACCGAGCUGUUUUUGAUGAUCUGUUUAGUGUGCCUAGCAAAUAUGUGUUGUACUCUGAUUCAACCGUACAUGCUUUCUGGUUCAGGUGAACCGAAUUUAUCCAUUCAUAUGUGUCGUUUUCUUGUUUACAUCUCUACAUUUGCCAAACCAUUCGGGCUUUAUUUAACAUUAUUGUUUAGUAUCGAGCGAAUUUUUACGAAAUGUCUAACGAAAACAAUAUUUCCAACGAAUCGACAUCAUUCACUCUUCCGAAGAAUAUUCCUUCUCUCGAUCAUUUUGACUAUUUGCUCAGUACUUUCCGUUCGUCUGUAUGAAGUGAUAAAAUUUGUUGAAAACACUUCAUCGAGCAAUAAUGCAACAUCUGGUCGCAUUGCAGACAGUAGUAAUUACAACUCGUCCGAAAGUAUCCUAACAUUUCAAUAUUGUUAUCGUCUAAUGAAUAUUGGAACUUAUGGAGAAAUCAUCUCCUUCUACAUUAUACAAUAUCGGUUCGAAUACGUCAUAUUCGCACUAAUUGCUCUGGUUUUCGUAUGGAUGUUGAUAUCUGAAUGCUAUUUACCUCGUGCUCGACAACGUUCAUCAUUAGGAUCCUUGAGUGUGAACACAAAGUUUUAUUUGUCACUUGCGUCAAGUGUUCUUCUAUUUGAAUUAGUUUUACGACUUUUACAUAUGAGUUUCGAUUAUAGCGACUACGACAACACACAGACACAAAUAAACUAUCUUCAAACAAUGCUGUUCGUUUACAAUUUUCGUUGUAUCUUUCUUCCACUUGUUAUCUGCAUGGUUCUCUGUGAUCCAUUAAAACAAUGGCUUAAUGAAUACUUUCUCAAACAUUCCUAUGCAGAUCAAUUUGAUGCAACGGAUCAAAUCGAAACAAUGGUUGGUCAUUAG